AGCCUGCCUUAAGGCAUCCCAUUACAAAGCAAUGAACGACGCACUAGGACUGGCAGCCUAACUAUAUAAAGCUUGAGCUGACUGCAUGUGCUCAGCACUCAAGCCUCUUCCUACCCAGCAUCUCACUCAUUCAAGCACCUUACUCCUGUACCAAACUUUUUAUCAGAGCAGUAGGAGAUAAACUGGGCUUCCCUCCUGCAUUCAUCUAAUGGCUGUGCUGAGUAGGACCUAACAUCUUACAGGUUUCAAGAAUAGCGUGGAAGUGAAAACAGAUAAAGCUACAUAGAAGUGACACUACAAAGGAAAAGCACAAAAGUCAACAUUGAAUAAGGGCACAGCCAUGGGGUAUCCCAUACAGGUAUUUGCCUGUCUUCUUUUAAUGCUGAGCUCUCAAGUGGACUGUGGACUUAUAAGAAAAGUUAUCCGACACAAAAGAGAUGCUGGUUUAAACAUCACCUUGCCUGAAGACAACCAGCCUGUAGUGUUUAACCAUGUGUAUAAUAUUAAAGUUCCAAUGGGUUCCUUGUGCUCUGUUGACCUCGACCCAAUAGGAACAGAAGAAAAUGAGUUAAAGCCACAGGCAGAGCUUGGAAAAAAUCACCAGGAAACCACUUUAAAUGGGGAAAACCAGAUAGUUUUUACACAUCGCAUCAACAUCCCUAGGCGUGCUUGUGGAUGUGCAGCAGCUCCAGACAUUAAGGACCUUCUAAGCAGACUGGAGGAGUUGGAAGGCCUUGUGUCAUCUCUCCGAGAACAAUGUACUACAGGGGCUGGGUGCUGUUCUAAUGCACAGACUGCUGAAGGUACAGUAGAAACCAAGCCUUACUGCAAUGGACGUGGAAAUUAUAGCACUGACACUUGUGGCUGUAUCUGUGAGCCUGGGUGGAAAGGACCCAAUUGUACAGAAGCAGAAUGUCCAGGAAACUGCAAUAACAGAGGAACAUGUGUGGAUGGAAAAUGUGUUUGCAAUCCAGAAUACACCGGAGAGGACUGUGGUGAAUUAGCCUGCCUGAAUGAUUGUAAUGACCAAGGCAAAUGUGUUAAUGGAGUCUGUGUUUGCUUUGAUGGCUUUGCUGGAGAAGAUUGUGGUGAAGAGGUUUGCCGCAUCCCUUGCAGUGAGCAUGGAAAGUGUGUGAAUGGCCAAUGUGUCUGUGAGGAGAACUUUACCGGGGAGGACUGUAGCCAACCCCUCUGUCCAAACAAUUGCAAUAACCGUGGACGUUGUGUGGAUAAUGAGUGUGUCUGUGAUGAGCCUUACACAGGAGAGGACUGCAGCGAGUUGAUUUGCCCUAACGACUGUUUUGACCGUGGUCGUUGCAUAAAUGGUGUGUGCUACUGUGAAGAAGGGUUCACUGGUGAAGACUGUGGUGAACUGGCCUGUCCAAAUAACUGCAACAACAAUGGGAAAUGUGUGAAUGGACUCUGUGUGUGUGAUGCAGGAUUCACCGGGGACGACUGUAGUGAACUGAGUUGCCCAAACAAUUGUAACAAUCAGGGACGUUGUGUGGAUGGCGUGUGUAUAUGCAAGGAAGGGUUCAUGGGAGAGGACUGUGGUGAGCUGAGAUGUCCAAAUGACUGCAAUAACAGGGGGCGCUGUGUGAAUGGACAAUGCAUCUGUGAUGAAGGAUACAUGGGCCAGGACUGCAGUGAACUGAGGUGCCCCAAUGAUUGUAACAACAGAGGACGCUGUGUAAAUGGGCAGUGUGUGUGUGAUGAGGGAUUCAUGGGACUGGACUGCAGUGAACUAAGAUGCCCCAAUGAUUGCAACAAUAAAGGGCGGUGUGUUGAUGGUCAGUGCAUAUGUGAUGAUGCUUUCAUGGGAGAAGAUUGCUCAGAACUAAGAUGUCCUAAUGACUGCAACCACAGAGGUCGCUGUGUUAAUGGACAAUGUAUAUGCGACAAUUUAUUUAUGGGCGAUGACUGCGGAGACCUUCGCUGCCCUGACGAUUGUAAUAACAGAGGACAAUGCAUCGAUGGGCAGUGUGUGUGUACUGAAGGAUUCACAGGAGACAACUGCCGUGAACUAACCUGCUUCAACAACUGCAACAAUCAAGGCAGAUGCGUAAAUGGACAAUGCGUCUGUGAUAAAGGAUUCAUCGGAGAGUUCUGCUCUGAAGUAUCACCCCCAAAAGACUUAGUUGUGACAAAUGUAACCGAUAAAACCAUGAACUUAGAAUGGGCCAACAAAAUCAAAGUUACUCAAUAUCUCAUUACCUAUGUUCCCACAAGCCCUGGUGGCUUGGAGUUUGACUUCAGAGUCCCCGGAGACCAAACAACAGCCACCAUUAGAGAACUUGAACCUGGAGUAGAGUAUUUUGUCCGUGUAUAUGCCAUUUUGAAGGACCAGAAGAGUAUCCCAGUAAGCGCCAGGGUUGCCACACACCUGCCUACUACAGAUGAUCUAAGGUUUAAAACAAUAAAAGAAACAACUGUUGACGUGGAAUGGGAUCCUCUCGAUAUUUCCUUUGAUGCUUGGAAACUUAUCUUCCAGAAUAUUAAAAAACAAAAUGGAGAGAUAAGCACUAGCUUGGAAAGUUCUGUUACUUCUUUUGAGCAGCAAGGACUUGCACCAGGAGAAACUUAUGAAGUAUCGAUACAGGUGGUGAAGAACAAUACACUAGGACCUGCACUGACCAAGUUCACAACUACAAGACUUGAUGCCCCCAGUGAAGUUGAUGUAGAAGAUGUCACAGACACUUCUGCCUUAAUAACUUGGGCAAAACCUAUGGCUGAGAUUGAUGGAGUAUCUCUGACCUAUGGAACAGGAGAUGAGCCCAAGACUACAGUGGAACUUUCUGAAGAUGAGACCCAGUAUGCUAUGAACAACUUAAGACCCGAUACAGAGUAUGAGGUUAUUUUGAUAUCUCGACGUGGAGAAAUGACUAGUUCUCCAAUUUCAGAAACCUUUACAACAGAUUUAGACACACCCAAAAAUUUGAGAAAAGUGUCACAGACAGAUAGCACAAUUACUCUGGAAUGGAAGAAUACCUUGGCCAACAUCGACUUCUAUAGGAUCAAGUUUGCCCCACUAUCAGGAGGAGAUCAUGAAGAGAUAACUGUACCCAAGAGUAACCAGGCUACCACUAAGGCUAUCCUUACAGGGUUGAGACCAGGAACUGAAUAUGGCAUAGGGCUAACAGCAGUAAAACAGGACAAAGAAAGUUCUCCUGCUACCAUCAAUGCAGUAACUGACUUGGAUGCCCCCAAGGACUUGAAGGUCUCUGAUGCUACCGAGACUACAUUAAAUGUACAAUGGGUUAAACCUAUAGCCAAGUUUGAUCGCUACCGACUUACUUACAUCACCAGUGAUGAUUCUGAGAAUGAAGUCCAGGUUUCUGGAGAUGCCAGUUCCUAUGGAGUAACUGGGCUUGAACCUGGUAAAGAAUACAGCAUUUCACUGGUUGCAGAGAAAGGCAGACACAAGAGCAAGCCAGCAACUGUACUUGGGCGUACUGAAGUUCCACUGGAGCUGGGCAACCUAUUAAUAUCCCAUGUAAACUGGGACUCCUUCAAACUCACGUGGGCAGCUCCAGACAACAACUAUGAGAAAUUUGUCAUUCAGGUUCAGGACACUGCAGAUGAAGAAAAUACACAAACCAUUUUGGUUCCUGGAGAACUUCGCUCUUUGGAAGUGCCGGGUCUGAAACCGGCCUCAAAAUAUCUCAUAACUCUGUAUGGUGUGAUUCAGGGAUCUAAUACUAAGCCUCUCUUUGGUGAAGCUGUCACAGAAAACAAGCCAGAAGUUGACAACUUGUCCAUCACCAAUGUAACACCAAAGAGCUUUGACUUGUCUUGGACAGCAACACAAGAUGAUUUUAAUCGAUUUGUUAUAGAAAUCGUUGAUACAGAAAAGUUAUUGGAGCCAGUGAAAUUAAAUGUCUCUGGCAAUCUCAGGAAUAUUCCUGUCUCAGGGUUAUUACCCAACACUGAUUACACCAUCUACCUCUAUGGCAUUGUCCGUGAUCAACCUACACAUCCUAUUAGCACUUCAGCUUCUACAGAGACGGAACCUGAAGUUGGAAACCUCGUGGUUUCCAAAAUUACUCCGCACAGUCUUCAUCUGUCCUGGACAGCUGACGAAAGUGGUUUCGACAACUUUAUCAUUAAAAUGCAAGAUACCAAUAAGCAGUUUGAACCAAUUACACUUACAGUACCAGGCAGUGAACGUUCAACAGUUGUGACAGGACUAACAGAUGGCACUGAAUAUGAAAUUGAGCUGCAUGGCGUCUCUAGUGGUCAGCACUCUCCAUCAAUUGAAGGAGAGGCAACAACAGCCAUGGGGUCUCCAAAAGGACUUUCCUUCUCCGACAUUACUGAGAACUCUGCUAAAGUCAUCUGGCUAGCACCGAAGAUCCGUGUUAACAAAUUCCUGAUAACUUAUGUUCCUGUGACUGGAGGUGCCAGCAGCACAGUGGAAGUGGAUGGUUCUAGAACACAAACAACUUUAGCUAACCUCCUGCCAGGUGUUGAGUACCGUGUAAGUCUUGUGUCUGUGAAAGGCAGUGAAGAAAGUGCUCCAGCCUCUGAUACCUUGACAACAGCUCUUGACAGUCCAUCAGGUCUAAGAGUCAUCAAUGUCACGGAUUCUGAAGCUCUGGCACUGUGGAAACCAUCUUUGGCAUCGGUGGAUAAUUAUGUUAUCUCUUACUCUGCAAAGAAUGCUCCAGCUGUAGAGGUUACAGUCUCAGGCAACACUGUCGAAAACGAUAUCAUUGGGCUUCAACCAUCCACUGAAUACAAAUUAAAAAUCUAUGCUGUUAGAGGACCACUUAGAAGUCAGGAAAUAUCUACUAUAUUCACCACAGUUUUGGAUGCCCCUAGAGAUUUAACAGCAAGUGAAAUUCAGUCAGAAUCUGCUCUGAUUACCUGGAGACCACCAAGAUCAAUAAUCACAGGUUUCUUGCUCAUCUAUGAGUCUGUGGAUGGAACGGUCAAGGAAGUAGCUUUGGGACCUGAUGCCACCUCUUACAGAGUGCCAGAUCUCAGUCCCUCAUCUCAGUAUACAGUAAGACUUCAGGCAAUUAAUGGAAACAUCAAGAGCAAAUUUAUCCAAACUAUAUUUACAACAACUGGACUUCUAUAUCCGCUCCCCAGAGACUGUUCUCAAGCUAUUCUAAAUGGAGAGACAGAAUCAGGAAUGUACACAAUUUAUGCCAAUGGUGACCAAUCACAACCUAUGGAAGUAUUUUGUGACAUGGAGAUUGAUAACGGUGGAUGGAUUGUGUUUUUGAGAAGAACUGAUGGGUCUGAAGAAUUUUACAGAAAUUGGAGAGCUUACAGUGCUGGAUUUGGAGAUCCCAAUAAUGAAUUUUUCUUAGGUCUGGAGAAUUUGCACAAAAUUACAUCCCAGGGUCAAUAUGAGUUGCGUGUUGACCUUAAAGACCGAGGUGAAACUGUUUAUGCUGUUUACGAUAAAUUUGGAGUUGGCGAUUCCAAGAGCAGAUACAGACUAAAGGUUGAUGGUUACUCUGGUACAGCAGGAGAUUCAAUGACUUAUCACAAUGGACGCUCGUUUUCCACAUACGACAAGGACAAUGAUUCCGCAAUUACCAAUUGUGCUCUGUCUUAUAAGGGAGCUUUCUGGUACAAGAAUUGUCACAGAGUAAACCUCAUGGGUAGAUAUGGUGACAACAGCCACAGUCAGGGAAUCAACUGGUUCCACUGGAAGGGUCAUGAACACUCCCUUGAGUUUGCAGAAAUGAAAAUAAGACCAGUCAGUUUCCGAAAUCUUGAAGGAAGACGAAAGAGAUCAUAAAGACUAAUAUAUUAGCAUAAAAAGAAAUAUACAAAAACGUGGGAAGAUUGACUUUAAUACCGAAUUACACCAGCCAGUCUAUACCGCCUUCUAUACAACUCAACCCCCCAAAAAAGAAGUGUCUUACAAAAAUACCACAGUGUCUUAAGUAUGUCAUUGCUUAAAGGUGAUUUGUGGUCCAAACAACACCAAAGACUUUCUGAUGCAACUAAGCAUGCUUAUAGCAUCCCUUCAAAUGAUAAAGAAAGGGAAAAGAGGGAGUGAACAUUGACAGGAACAAUGAAAAAAUGAAGUGUACAGUGGUAGAUUUAGAAAUUGUCAUACUUUGAACAAAGCUUUUGUUUCAUAUUUUUGUCAUACGUACAUUGUUUUAUUUCGUGGGUUGGGUGGUUUUUAUAUUUAAAAAAAGAAAUGACAUUACAAAAUUAUAAAAACAAAAACAUUUUGUGAAGAUUAAAAGUUUUACAUCAAUUUUGGAACAAAAUGGUCAUCUAAAAUAAAUUAAUUUGUUUCUGAAAAUGUGGUAAUCAAUUUGAAGUAGGUCCCUUAAUGAUCAUCAUAUUAUUUUAAAAUAUGGCUCAUAGGUUUAGCAAAACAUGACACUUUCUUCCAAAAAAAUAGCACCACACCUACCACAGAUUGAGUGUGGUACUGCAGGUCAGCCUUAUUCACAUGAAUGGAGAUGAGCUACAAUUACCCAUAGACAGAUGUGGUGCUGUUGAUUGAAGAAAGUAGCCAUGUUUUUCAAAUUCUGUAAACCCCCUUUAAGAGUGUGUUGAAGAGUUCGGACAGGUCUUGAAUAUGGGUAUGGAAAGGCAAGGAACGUUUAGUGCCCUUUAUGUUAGCAUGCUUUCUAUUUCAGCUGCUCAAAAUCAAUUAUACAGAGCUAUUUUGUAUUAGACAAAAUCCUCCAAAUAGUUGCUCAAAGUAGCAGUUGUAAGUAUUCAGUAAAAGUUCUGAUACAAUUAUUUAUAAAGAAAAUAAUAUAUACUACAAUAAUUACAAAUUUCUACGAGUUUUAAGAGGCUAAGAUGCAAGUUUGCUUUUGCACAUAAUUUUACAUAUAGAUAUCCUUCAUACAGAUGUAGCAGAUCCGUGAUAACACGUCACAGCUAAAUCUUGUGACACAAGCCAUUGACAAAGUCAAUGAACAUUUUCUUGCUAUUGUUUACUUUACUCGAGUCAAGAAGAGGAUUGUUACAUGUCAAUAUCAAUCUCAAGUAAGUUUGCAAAUAUAUCGCUUUAGUGAUUCUAUCUUACAGAGGUUUAGCUUGAGGUUUCUGGGCCCCAAUGCAAACUCUGGCCUUCCACCUACCAUGUGACAUUCGCAACGGUAGGGACUUCUUAUGUGACUUUGGAUGUCUUCUACACCACCCAAAGCUUAGCCCUUGGUAUUUUUUUAUAUAUUUUUUUUAUAGCGUAAUAGCUGCAUUAUAGAAAACAGAUGGAUUUAGAUUUUGGUUAUUUGAUAGAGCAACUAUUCAGAAUAUGUUGAUAGACACUUCCCCAGCAGCCUGGCUGGGCUCCUAUAUAGCCUCUCUACUAUAGUACAUUUUGGGAGAGUAAAGUCGACCGUACAUAUUAAGUAUUAAGUUGAUUGCUGCAUAACUGUUGCACAAAUGACCGAGUGAACUAUCUCUUUGGUCUAUUCAGACUAUCCAUAAAUGUUCAGUUACACCGGGUGAUAGAUAAAAAACCUCCUGGGAUUGUUCUGGGAAGUUCUUUUCUUUUUCCAUUCUAUGACUGGUCGGCUAAUAUGAUAAUUUUCUGUUUAAUUUUACCUUACAAAUGGUCAUUUUUGUUGGAAUCAUUUGUUUUGAUCAACUUUAGACUAAUGUAUGGGCGUCUUUAGCUUUUCCUGCAUCAACUAACUGCACCGUGUCUGCCAAAAAGUCAACACUUUUCUAUGAGAAUAGUCUACUGUACAUUCUAUAUUAUUAGUACAACAGAAGCAAAACUUUCUAUGUAGAUUAUACAUAAUGUGUAAAAUGCUCUGGAAAUGUGAAUUGACAGCAACUUAAAAGACUGCAAUAUAUUAGUACAAGGGUGAAAAUGUGACUAAAUGAAUGAUCAGUAGAAACAUGCUACAAAUUUUGUUUUUGUUUCCAUUGCUCCUAAAAAUGUAUCUAAUCUAGAUGCUUGCAUAAAAAAAAAACAAGCUUUGGUGAGAAAUGUCUUAAAAUGCGAAUUAAUGAAAUUUUUGCUACAAUGACAGAAAUACGUUGACAGCCAUAGACUAAAAGUAAAAAAAUUCAAAUAAAAGCAAGCAAACUACCUUAAAUGCACUGUCAUUGGCAAUAAUGAUAAAUAUUUGUUUCAAAGUUGCAAUGUCAUUAUCUGAAAAGCUAAAUAUAAACUCUGUAAAACAAUUUUACUUGUCAGCCAUGACAUUUUAAUUGUCCAUUUUAGGAAAUUAAAGGACUUUAAAAAUGAUGAGGGAAUUUAUCAUUGUAGGUGUAUUUGAGGUUAGUUUUUAGACUGGAGUUGCAGUGCGCACAGUGAUCUACACAACCAACUUGGCCCAAAAUGGCCAAAAGUCGUAAAGUUUCAGACAACUGCAAAUGUGCGCCAACAGAUGCAACAAUUGUACACGUACACCAAGAGACUGGCAUAACACAUGUCCACCUAUAAUUGUUAAGAUACAGUAUCCUCAAUGGUAUUUUCAAUCAAUGGUAUUUUCACCUGAAAAAAAUAUAAUAAUAAUAUUACAACUACUACAAUAAAAUUAUUCAGGACUACCACAUUUGGUAAGAUACCUCCCCAACACUAAAAGCUGGCGAGAUACCUACUACCUCAAUCUCCCUAUGCGAUGCAAAAUGUUUUUGAUAAUAGAUGGAAGGAUCUUGUUCAGCGUACAAAGACUUUCUAACACCUUUCCAACAAUGGACACCAGUUGGAAUUGAGUCAUACAUGGAAGUUGCAACUGAUUGGAAAUGAACUCUGACAUGAGUUUGACAUACCAUGGAGAGGACAGAACAAACCAAACUAUUGGGUCUUACUGACCUUCAGUAACCUUCAGUAACUAUGCUAUAAUGUCCAACCAUUGUCUAUGUCUUUUUGAAUUUCUAGGUUUAGGACCUGUGCAAGUCCUCCACUGGUCCUUUCUUACCAAUGUUUCAACGUUUUCUUCCAUUCGCUUUUCGCCACUCAGCCAAUUCUUCCCUUUUCACUAUAGACCAUUGGGCUGCUCCCGAUUUAUAUGGCGUUUGCAUUCGGAAGCAUAUGCCGAAAACUAGUAAAACGUGAAUGUCAAGAAUGUUAUUAUAUAUAAAAAAAAUACUAAAAUAUUCAAUGACAGUUAAGAUUGAUUGAAGAUUGAGUUAAGUUGAUGUUUUUGUACUAUAUAUGUAGAUAUGUUACAAGGGCAAUAAUUCUGACAAGCACAAAGUCAUAAAAAUACAAAGGAUUCUAUAGUCUCUCUCCGCAGCAGGAUUGCGUGACAGCAUGCUAUGUUUUUGUUGUUUUUUUAUAAUUGAGUAAUUUUAUAGAAAUUGGUUGAAUAAUAUAUUGGUGUACAUAUUGACACAACAUGAAGCAUCCAAUGCUUAACUCUUCCCGAGCCUCUGAUGCCUGUCUGCCUUUGCACAAUGAUGUUGUGCCAUCUCCUUAACUAUUACAAAUGUUCAUUCAAGCUUCCAUGUGCCAAUCAGAUUGUGCCAACUAUCAAGAAAAUUAUUUGGGAAAGAACCAUGUGUCCCUUGCAUUAUGUACCAUAACCUUUAAUAAAAAAAAAAGAUUGUACAUUCA